UAAGUAACUGUCCUGGUUGAGUUACCAGGCAACGCUGUAGCUUCCCCGCGAGUGAGGUGCACCAUAGAGUCAGGGCGCUCUCCGAGUCCGGAAGUGGAGGGAGAUUCGAAAUAUUCAGUGUUAUGCUCCUAAACUAGACAGUCUGACGUUUUACAACAAAUGUUCGUGCUUAAUGAUAUGGUGUGGAUACAUAGACAGCACUUAAUGUGUUGUUGUACUUGGUAGGUAGCGUAAAUACUGCUGUUUGAUUUUUGUAAUUUUUUUUUACAACAUCGCAAUCCUGACUGUUUUUCCUGCAGAUGGGCAUUAUGGAGAGAUAUUUACGUUAGCAAGCGAUUCGACUACUUCCAAACAUACCCAAUCUGUUAUAUGCAUAGGAAAGUAACGUCGAAGGACUAAAAUACUCAUCGUAUUUGGUACUCUCAAUACUCAUAUGUACAUAUCUGCACUUCCCAAUGCCCACGUUGUAAAGGCAAACAAUCUUAUGUCGGGCAGAUAGCUAUCCAAGCUAACAGAUUGGCUAGCUAGAUUGCAUUUAUGAUUAUCAUCUGCAUUACUAAACUCCCAUAGCUAACUAGCUAACGGUCAUCAUCUUGAUUAGUUAUCCAGCCAUGUAUUCAGAUGUAACUGAACGGUAACUGAAUUAAAAUCUCAACUUCACCGUGUAGGUCUCAUGGACUUAACAUUAGCUAGCAUUCGUAAACAGCUUGGAGGCUGUUGUCCGAAUGGACAGUGUAAUAGUUAGAGAUAAAGGGCAGAGUGAAGAGUGGCCCUAUAGUGGAACUGGAUAUGGAGCUGAAGCUGGAAGUAGUGCUUUCAUCAAGCAUCAAAGGGAAGAAGCCAUGGCCGCGCUUCUGCUGGUUAGGAAUGGAGAAAGAGACCGUUUUCCUGCUAGAUGACAACCGUAUCAACGAGGUCAACAUGGUGACAGGGCGCACUAAGAAAAAGAAUCCAAAGCUGCAAUCUGUGCUCCCCAAUGUGGUGAUAAUGACCAGCUCUCCAAACGGUAUGUGGUUGGCUGGGGUACUUACUUCUGGAGAUCUGUUUCUUUGGAGUAAAGACACUGACUUAUUCAAGAUGAGCUCUCCAGUGCCAGAUGUGAUUCAUCAGCUGACUACAGCUAAAGAGAAUGGAGUACCCCUCACUCUGCAGGUCUCAGGGGACGGCCAGCGCGUGCUUCUGGUGGCACUCUCGGGACAGGUGCUUCUGUGGGAGUGCACGUCCCCCCAGGAGCUCAGCAUGGUUCGCGGGGCCACGGUCAGUGGACGCUGGAGUCAGGUCCACGCCCCUUCCAACAUGGCCUUUCCUUCUAGCACUGACAAGGAGGCCAUCUGCCACAGUGUCUUCAUCAGGAGUCAGGUUGUUGGAGAUGUUUGCCUGAUUGCAUUUGUGUUCUGCGUUGGAGAGCAGCUCAGUGUCACCUUCCUAAAGCUGCAGUGGGAUGAGGGAGUGGAGAGGAAGCUCAGUCCUGUGGGAUAUGGUGUGCUCUGGGUGGCCAAGACGUACCCCCUGGGCCAGCUGGCCACCCCCUGCUGCCCAGUGAAGUCCAGAGGAGCGCUGGUGUCAUCGUUCUCUCCUGAUGGCCUGCUGCUGGCCAUCGUCAUCAACCAGAAAGACCCCAGGGUGACUCAGGUGCUGUUUGUGAGCACUCAGAACUUUGUGUCCGUGUCGGCAGGAUUGGGAGGUUGUGGCAGUAAGAACCUUACCAUCCCUGCCAAGUAUAUCAGGUCAUAUUGGGUAGCCAGUGCGUGCUGGUCUCCAGGCGGUCUGUUCCUGGCGUGUGUGCUGAAGCGCGGCUCCCUGCUAAUGCUGAUGCGCCUAGGCAGACUGCUCACCCUCUCCACAACAGGAUGUGACAUCGACUUUGGUCCAGCCCACUUCCUGCCCCUCCACCCUCUUGUCACCUACAGGCCCCCUGCUCACUAUGGGGCAGAUGGCAACAUCUCCAGCUCUAGUGCGUCUCUUCAGGACGUGUUCAGGCAGCGCUACUCCGUCACCUGGCACCCACGCCUGCCCCUCCUCAUCCUGUCUGACGGCUACAUGGCCACCCUGCUGCGGGCGCCCAGCCUGCCCUCCCCCACCGCCCUCAUCAGCGGCCUGCUGCUGGACACGGCGCAGGGGCUAGAGCGGGCACGCAUACUCCUGCUGCAGUCACAAGCCCAUUUAGAGUCCCUGUUCAGCCUGAAGUUCACUGCCAGCUUGCAGGCCCUGAAGGACAGAGAUACUCCAGUUCCCAGCUUGCCUCUCUGUCUCCAGGACGAUGGAACCACAGACGACCUACAGGAGGCCUAUGAGAAAGCCCAGGCUGAGGCUGAAGAUGAUUGUGCCAACGACGGUCAGUCCUCUGGCGUGCGCAGGGAGGAAGGAGGCAGCCUGGAGUUCGCCUCCAUGUUUGACACUCUCCACGCCCAGCCAGACCUCCUCGCAGGCCCCUCCUCACGCCCCGGUCAGGGCUCCGUGCCGCUGCGUUCAGAGCUGGACGAGGCCCAGCGAAGCCUCCUCACCGCCUGGGCCCUGCUGGUCUCUCUGGGUGGCCGCGUCGAGCAGAGGUCCAGGCUUUUGAAGUACGGCGUGCGAUGCGCCGGCCGACUGGCCCUGCUGCUUCGGCUGGGUGAAGGCCUGGCCAAUAAGAAGCAGCAGAGACGCUCCUGGGUCUCCUGCAUGCUGCACCUCUUCCGGACGCUGCUGUCGUUCCAGCCCUGGGACGGCCCCCACGCGAGCGGAGGGAGCGGGGUGUCCGCGCUCGUGGAGCUCAGCCAGAGUUUCACCCAACUGCUCCUCUCCCCCUCCCCGGAUCUCCCCCUCUGCUCCCACAGCUUCACGGCAGCCUUGGGCCUCCUGCGAUUGGCCACCCGCUACAUGGAUGAAGCCUACAGCCCACCCCCCAGAACCCUCCCCCAACACACGCUCCCGUCGGACGAGUACCGCACCCCGCUGCUGCAGGAGCGGGUCGGAGCAACUGAUCCCGAGUCAGCCGAGGCCUGCCCUCAGAGACCCUCCUCACGACUGGCUUGUGUGUGGCAGGGCCUAUACAAGCAAGCUCUUCAGUACCAGACUGUGCUGCGCUCUCAAACAGACCUCCAGGGCGGCAUUAGAGAGCAAAAUAAGUUGUUGGCCACCCUGUGCCUGAUCCAGGGGGAGCUGCAACGAGCCGGGGUCAGUCUGGCAGAGGAUUCGGGUCUGCACUGUCCUGACGGUGAGGAGCUCUUCCUCCAGGGGUCCUAUACACAGAGCACGGAGACUUUGAGGGGGGAACUGUGGGCUGAGCAAGAGAGAGUGGGCUCUCGGAGCUCUUACCUGCAGACCCGUUACGGCCUGGCCCUCCUGUACAGCCUCCUCUACCAGUACCGUCUGCGUGAGGCCCAGGCCCUGGGCGACCACAUGGCCCAGAGACUGCUGCAGGAGCCUGGCCAGAAGAAAGAGGCAGCAGAAGAGUGUGGGUGUGGAGGCUGGUUCCCAGUGCGUGUGCACCGUGAGGCAGCUUGUGCAAUAGUACAGAGCCUGGGCAGAUUCAUGGCGGCGUAUUUCGCCAACCAGCCGCUGGCCGUGAGACCACCCCACUGUGUGGAUCUGCUGGACCCCCUGCACUUUCCUCAGGCCACAGGCCCACGCGUGGUGGCUCUGUCCCAGCAGAGUGUGGCUGCAGCUGUACGCUCCCAGCAGCUGUCAGAGCAGUGGACUGUGGGAUAUACCCUGGAGCUGCUGCUGAUUGGUGGACUGCUGCCUGAAGCUGUAUGGCUGACAUUACGGCUGGGGGACUGGACUACUGCAGCUGCACUCAGCCUGGCUUACAGCAACUACUGCACAGAGAACUCACUGCUGAGCAGGCUGAGGUGGAAAGAGCUCCAUCUGCCCCCUGAGCUGCACCCUGGCCCCAUCUUUCAGGCCCAACUUGAGGCUCUGCUGGGUCCAGUUUCUGCUGCAGCCGCACAGGACAGGGACUCUCUCAGAAACCUGAAUGAUCCAGGGGAGGAGGGGGACGAGGAGCAGCUGCGUUUGUGUGUGCAGGAGCUGCUCAAGGCCUCUGUCAUGGCGACGGUGGAUGUUCUCUCGCGCCCCAUUGGUCAGCUGCUGGCGGUUGCCAAGGAGAUGUCCUCAGUUCUGGUGCCUCCAGUACCCAUAGGCUUCUAUCUCCCAGCCCCGCCCCUCUACUGCCCUCAGCCCGCCCCCUCCACACAGGAGCGCGGUGGAGAUGUGGGGCUGCAUGCGGAGCGCGCGUGUCGUCUGCGCGUGUCCGCGGUGGUGCGCAAAGCCCUGCUGCUGCUGCGGGCGGCUCGAUGCGCCCUGCCGACUGCGCAGUGGUACAUCGGCCGACUGCAGCGCUGCCGGAGGAACUACAGGAAGAUCCAAAAGUCUGCUGUGCCAAAAGAGGCCUUGUUGCCAGAGGGCUUGAAGAGAUUUCUCACUCGGUCCGGAUUCUUGAAGCCAGAGGCUGCCGGAGACCCUAUCAUAGUUCAAACCUUAACAUGCUUUAGGGAGCUGUGCGGGCUGCUCUGGAUGCUUCAUGUCCGAGACCAGCUCACUAUCUCCUGCAGGAGGUACCAGGCAGCAAGGAAUCGUGGGAGAGAUGCUGAGAGGGGCUCCUGUGCUGACCCCGGCCUGUGUGAGGAGGCGGUGCGAUGGGCCUGUCGGCUGCUACCCUUCUCCCGCUUCCUCUGUGCUGAGGAGCUGCUGCAGGACCUCCUGCUCAGCCUGCUGGCCCAGCUGCCACCCACAGCCAUGGUUGCAGAAGUGCUAGUGCGGGCCUUUCCUGAGGAAGAGCAGUCUGUUCGGGUGGCCCUGAGGGAGAAAUACUGUACCCUACUGCACACGCUCAGACCUAGCCCUGUGCUCCAGCCUACCAAAACACACGAUGCACAGACGGAUGCCAGACAGGAGCAAGAGGGGAGGCAACAGCCACUGAUGUCAGCUUUCCUGAAGAAGUGCCAAAAGCAACGUGCACGGUCCCUGUCCCGCGUGGCAAAACACAUGGCGCGGGUACAGCUAUACCUGUGGGAGCGGGAGGAGGGGGGCGAGGAGCGAGCCGACGUCCUCUCCGCUGGCCAGGAUCGCCUCUCCCUGGGGGCCAGCUGCAGCUUCAGCUCCCUGACUGAGACGACCGCGGCCACGCUGACCAGCAACACAGAAGCCAACCUCUACCCGGACCUGCAGGCUGACCCACACCACAGCUCUCUGAAGCGAAAGGUGCAGGAUGGGUCUGGAGAGGGGAAGAUACAGAACGCAGCCUCAUGCCCAGAGACUGACGCCAGCAAGCUGCCUGUGGUGGGAAGCUGGGAGUUUGAACUGGAGGAUGACGAGUACCCGCGCUUCCUGGAGCUCUUCCUCAGCUAUCUGCUGGAGCGCGGCGCAGGCAGGGGCGGCGAGGAGGCGGAGCUCCCUCUGAUUGGCUGCUUCUGGGAGCAACUGCAGGAGCGGGAGCUGCACUCGCUCGGCUUCGACGUGCUCACCACCUUCAAGCGGCGCCAGAGGGACCCGCGCGGGAAGAGCGUGGCGCGGACACGUGCCCGCACCGAUGUGCCCCAGCCACCCGUCUUCUGGGCCGGACGCUGCUUCCACGCCCAGCAGACUGACUCCCCCGAGCCCGAACGCCCUCCUUCAUCCGCAUCACGCCCCUCUCUCCCUGCCCAACCGUGCCCCCCCUCCCCAGGACUGUGGGCGGGGAAACAACAAAUGGGUGUGUCCUUAGAGCUUAGCCCCUCCCCUAGCUUCACCUCCUUUAAAACCUUCCCCUCCACCCCGUCCGUGGAGCUCCAGCAUGAGCUGGACUCGGACCUGGAGGCCCGCUUCCCCACACUGGGCCGUCUGCUGGUGUGGAUGUCCCGCUGGGCCGACCGCAGGGUGCUGCUGCGGAGGAUGGAGGAGCAGAGAGGAGCUGGGGGUCCGUCCAUCAGAGCCAAGGCCUCGGCCCCCGCUGUGCUCACCGCCCUCCUGCUGCUGGAGCGGCGCUACAGCCCCGCCCUGCUGGACGAGACCCACAUCAGGGUCCCUGAGGUAGAGUUGACUGUGGCUCCUGUGCUGCAGCUCCAGACCUGUACGGGGGAGAGAAAGCGGGAGAUGGAUGAGGAGAAGGAGAAAGAAAGACAGCGGGGGAGAGAGAGGGAGAGAGAGAGCAGCGUGGACACGGGCUACCCAGGCUCUGUGGGGACGCCCAUCACCCUGCCUGACAUGGACCUCCAGCAGCCACAGGCCUCUGAGGCCUGUGAGCUGCUGGAGCUGCAGUCUGAGAGCGAGGCCUCUAACCUGGGUUCUGUGACCUCUGACCCUGACAGCAUUGAGGCAGCACCUAAGCCUCCUGCACAAGGCAGCAGAAUGGCUGACGCCUACCUGUCUGAAGCAGAGCACAACUCAGUGGAGGAGUUGGCCUACCCCUCAGCCCAGAGUCCCUCCCCCAUGUCCACAUGGAAGAGUGGACCCCCAGGCCAGGGUCUAACACUUGCAGACCUGGAGUCCACAGAAAGUGCAGGAAAACCAGCAGCUGUCUCUCACCCUGAGGAGGAUUGUCUGUCUGACCACGGGUCUGCCGAGGCUGACGACAAAGCAGUGAACACCAGACCCAUCUGUAAGGCUGCCGGACCAGCCCCACCACAGCAGGCGGAGCUGUCCCUCCCUGGGGUGCAUCCACAACCAGCCCCACCACAGCAGGCAGAGCUGUCCCCCCCUGGGGUGCAUCCACAACCAGCCCCACCACAGCACGCAGAGCUGUCACCCCCUGGGGUGCAUCCACAACCAGCCCCACCACAGCACGCAGAGCUGUCCCCCCCUGGGGUGCAUCCACAACCAGGCCCUCUGGGGAACGGUCUGCCUCCCUGGAGCACGCACCCAGGGAUGCCCAACACAAACCCUGCUCCAGACUCGGCAAACGGCAAUCCUGUCACCCAGCUGGUACAAGACGAGCUCUUCCGCUUGGUGCAAUUGCAGCAAAUCAACUUCAUGAGUCUCAUGCAAGUAGUGGGGGCUUCCUUUGCAAACCUCCCCUUCUCCCAGGCCAGACUGCCAGUGCCACAGUCUGCUCCACCACCCCAGCUCAACCCUCCUUUUGCCCUCCCCAGCGCCUCUCUGCCCCAGUCCUCCCCUCUCCCCUCUCACCCCUACACUGCUCAGUCCCUCACGGUCUCACAGACCCCUCAGACCCAUGCUCCUCAGUCCCAACCAAGUUAUCCUCACACCCAACCUAAUCCUCCUUCUGGACCCCAGCUUGCUGCAGCUCCAUCCCAUGUCCCCUUACCCUCAGCUCUCCGUGAGCCAGCUCUCUCUGCUCAGGAGUCACGCCAGGACAACCAGCAUUAUCCACACAGCCUUCAGGGUAUGCAGCCAUUGACCAUCACCUCAGGCCCAGGGAAGAGCAGACCGUCUGCGUCCAUCUCUGCCUCCCAAGGUCUGCUCACCACAGUGGGCGCCUCUGUCACACCCACACUGCCCCCUAGUGGCAGCACACAGAACAUCCCCUCACUGAUUCCCCUGGAGAGGACCCAGUCCCGCCCAACGGGUCUCCGGCUCCUCCAGCUGCCUCCCCCCCAGCCAGCCCUCUUCCGCUCCCCUCUCCCUGGCCCUGUGAGGGAAGCAUGGGUACCCCAGCUCCCAAACCCCCACCAACCCCCUCCUCACAGAUGGCCUGAGAAGACUGUUUACACUCCAGAGGUCUCCAGGCAGGACCAAGGCCCCCGUCUCCUCCCCGUUCCCCAGCAUGCUGCUUCUGGUCGUGGGCUCCCUCUCCUGCAUCUCCGCCCCAGCUGCAGUCUUCCCGCCAGCCUCCCUCUGAUUCCCCAGCCAGCCCCAGCCCCAGCUUCCGCACCCCUCCCGAGCCCUGCAGGCAUGGGAACCUUCCCCAGGCUUCAGCUGCUGCAGAGGGGACCGGAUCCACCCAGCACAGGGCAUAGCAGUGUACCCCCCCUGCGUACUCCCCGUCUGAUCCCCCUGGAGGAGCUGCUGAGCUGGGCUGCUGGAGGGUCACAGGGCUCUCAGUCGGCCCCGCCACUGCUGAAGGCCUCCAUCCCCAGCCACAGCCACAGCCAGAGCCAACCAGUCUGCAGCACUCCCUCCACUCACAGGCAGAAGAGGAGGGUAGACAAGGAGAAAGAGAAGGAGAAACCCGAGAGGAGAGCGGAGGUGUCUUUCAGGCCUGAGGUCUCCAUCAUUCCUCCUGCAGAGCCUGAGAUGGCGGCUCCAGUUACAGGAGAUGGAUUUGUUUUGCCUCUGGGCUCAUGUGACUCCAUGCUGAGUGGGCAUCGGCUCCUGCAGGCUUCCAUCACCACCACUGCAGAGCUCCACGCCUUCGCCUCCACUCAGAAACGGCCCCCAGAGCUGCAGGACGCAGGCACCAACACAGAGUCAGCUCCUCCGUUUCUCAGAGAUAAAUCCACCUCUGCCCAGCAGUCUCCUCCUGCCCCCAGUGCAGCGCCACAGCCUGAGAGAGGCGACAUGCUACAUGCUGCAUGUCUGCCUCCUGAGCUUUUCCUGGACCUGCGGUUCCCUAAAGAAGAUGGCAGCCCACGCACCAACGGUUUUGCACAGGAUGUUGAGGGGAGACGGUUCAUUAAUGUCAUCGAUCUGGAGGAUGAAACUCUGCUCCAGGAGCUGCCCCCACGCCAGCCCCCUGCCACCACCGCGCCCUCUGCCACCACCGCGCCCCCCAGCCCACCCACCUCAGCACAGCUCCACCUACUGGCAGCCUCAGUGACCAACGCCACACACACCCCGCUGUUCCCGCCCUCACCACCCCAAGAGGGGCAGGCGAAGGAACAGGAGCCCGAGGAGUUGUUAGGAUAUGCCAGAGCCUGGGAGCCUGAAGAAGAGAACCCUUCACUCCGUGCCGCGCCCUCUGACCCCCCUGAGGGCCUCGCUGCGGCCCGUGCCCGUCAGGAGACUCCUUCUCCCGCGGUGCUGGCUGCAGUGGAGGAGAUCGGGGGAGACGCGCUCACGCGUAGCCUGUUAGACGCGCCGCUGUGGAGCCCUACCCUGCUGGCCCGCAGCCAAUCGUCUUCGUCUCAGGUGUCUGUCCGGCAGGUGUCCGCCCGCCUGUCCGAGAUGGACGCGCAGCUGGCUGCCUUGCAGAGCAUCGCUGACCACAUGGACCAGGAGUUCGCCAACACACGUCUGCUGGUGAGGACCAUAGACAAUCUGAGCCCCGGCUUCCUGACCCAUGCUGAGGAGCAGCCGCACUCAAGUCCAUUGGCAGUCACCCAAGCAGUGAAGAGUCUGGUGCGGGUGGCACGGCCUGCCCUGGAGCUGACAGAUGUGCUGGAGGAAGAAGAAGAGAUUCUAUCUGGCAGCCCAGCUGCUGUUAGUCGUCCAGCCACGAGGAGGCAGUCCACUCUUUCCUCACAUCGUGGCACCUCAAGGACCUCUGUCCACCGACAGCAUGCGCCCUCUCCCGCGAUCAUGGAGUUUUCAAUGUGGGAAACCAGCCAGGAUUUUACAGGAACUACAGAAGACCAGUCGGGGAGCAGACAGGCACAGGAUAGUCUGGGUCUGAGCAGUCUGAGCGGUCUGAGCGGUCUGAGCGAUGUGGCAGACAUCUUAAGAGAGCUGGUGCGGGAUGGAGACCUGUCCCCCACUGGUCUGGGUCUGUCCCACACCCAAGCAGCCAGGCUGAACAGGUCGUCACCAAGCCAGCAGCCCCCGCGGAGCCACCGGUCGGAGCAGGAGCGGCGUGAAGUGAGGGCCUGGAUGAGGAGGAAGCAGCGGGAGAGGCUGGUGGAGUACCGGCGCCAGAAAGAGGAGAGGAGGGCAGAGGAGCGCAGGCCCUUCGCCUCCGCUGCCCAGCAGAAACCAAGUUCCAGAGAUGUCAGCAUUAUUCAGAAGAUCAAAGAGGAAAAGGACAAGACAGCUCUACUGGAGCAUCAUACCCAGAGAGCUUCUGAGGCCUACAGCCUGAUGUCAGACCUGCUGACCACCCCACUUCCUGUACCCACUGUCAUGCCACGCCCGAAGUCCACAAGCCCUGCUUCAGCCAGGAUCAGCAUCAGGAGCAGGAGCCAGUCAGCUGGCAGGAAGAGCAGCCCUGGGGCGGCCCGCUCCCGCUCCUCUCCCUCUGCUGGCAGGACGGCGGUGCCACCCCAGAGACGCGUGGGCACCUCGCAGCAUGGGAGCCUCAGUAGCAGACUGGGGCUGCACAGACCUGCAAGUGUGCUGCCAGGAGAUCGGCUGUCCCAGGUGACACGUAGAGGCAUGUUGACCUACACUAAAGACAGAUCUGCAGCAUCCUUAAAAGAGACCCAGACAAGACCACUGAGUCAGUCUCCAGCUGGACGGAAGACAGAAAGAAACUGGAGGACAGAGGAGAGAGGGCGCAAACAACGAAGAGAGACUGGGGACGCUGAGGAGAGAGAGCUUCUGAGCCCAUGGGAACCCCCUCUGGAGAUUCGCAGAAUACUGGGGCUGGAUAUUCAAGACAAUGAGCCGGGGGUCAGAGGGACUGAGGAUGACCUGGAUGCCCUUGAGACUCUCUCAGAGAGCACUGGGAGUAUUAUGAGCAAACUUAACUGGGACGCCAUCGAGAAAAUGGUGGCCGGAGUGGAAGAGGAUGACUACUAGAUAUGAUGAGACUAAGACAUUUUUUGAGAAAUAUUAAUAUAUUUUUUGCUAUUUUUUACAUUUUGUUCGUAAAAAAUAAAUGUUGUUUGUAAACUGGUGUG